GGGGGUGGGGGGUACCAGGGAUUGAACUCAUGAUUUCCGCUUGGCGGCAGGCACUUAUGUCAUGGAGCUAAAUCCCUGGCCCUUGGGUGUAUAUUUUUAAACAUUUUUCUCACCAGACUUUUACUCUUGUAAAGUUGCCUUUUGUUGUUAUUUUGGUUUUUGAGACAAAGUCUCACUAUGUAGCCCAGGCUGGCCUCAAACUCCUGAUAAUCCUACUGCCUCAGCCUCCCAAGUGCUGGAAUUACAGGAGUGUUCAACCACCGCCUGCUGAUGAACAAAGUUUUUAUUUUAAUGUUUUCUAGUUUACCACUGACUGCCAUGUUUGCAUUAUUUAUGGAAAAAACCUUUGUCCCAAAGCCAGGACAUAACUGCCUGUGUUUUAUCAUUCACAGUUACAGCUACUAUCCAUGUGAUGAAACCGAUUUUUAUAUGGUGUGAGAGAUGGUUUUUGCAGCAAGGCUAUCUAAAUUGGCCUAACACCAUUUUGUUUUUGAGGUUCUCACUAAGUUGCUAAUGAAUAGAUUUGAACCUGAGAUCCUCCUGCCUCAGGCUCUUGAGUGCUGGGAUUUGGCUUGUGCCACCCUGCCCAGCAUAUUCAGUACUUUUAGUGACACUGUCUCACAAGGCCUCAUGAGUCCUGCCUGAAUGUUUUACCAACUAUUUGAGAAUAAAUUAGCCUUGGGGAAGUGUACACGGUGUUAGUUACUGGCCUUCAGUUUGGAUUCAGUGCUUCUGUGUUCACUGCCUGACAUGACGAGAAAUAAGAGACACAGCCAGCCUCUGCUGUGACGGCUACCACAAAGAGCAGCUGCGUCCAGCAAGGGUCACUCAUGACCUCAUGGGUCCACAGGGAGUCAGCAGGGCUCUGCCCUCUGGAGAAGCCGGCCUUGCCUGCGCAGCUUGGAGUGGGCCCCGCUUCCUCUGGGAGCCACUCCACCUUCCCCUGCCUGUGCCCCUCGGCUCCCCAAAGGGCUCCGGAGAUUGCACCCGGCCGGCCUGGGGAUUCACAAGUUCUGCCUCUGGGACCAAAGUCACACACCACAGUCUCUUGGCACUGCAGAAGGUGACGUCUCCCGACAUCUCCUUCCAGGGAUUCGCCUGUAGAUGUCUUGGGGGCACUGUUUGGUCCACUACAGACCCUGACUCUGUCUUAGUGGAAAUUUAGUAUGAAUUAUGAAAGACGCUUUCCAGUCUCCAUGUCUGGAUCUCUUCUCAGUUUGGGUACAUUUGCUACAUGAUAGAAAUUGGGGAGCAGAUGCUGAAUAACAAUAUGUCUCCUCCGGUGAAGGCUCCUAACAUUUCUCUCUCCUAAUAAGUUCCUACCUACGGUACUGGGAAGCAUCCUAGGAGGCACUGAGGAUACCCUACUACCUCGUUUUUUGGAGGAACUGCUUAUUUUCUGUCGAGAUUUUGUUAGAUUCUCUAUGAAGCGGGUAUAUCAUUCUGCUUUGUCCCCCGCUUUCCUGGGAUUGAACCAAGAACUUUCACACUGAGUUACAGCCCCAGUGCUUUUCGUGUUUUAUUUUGACACAGGGUCUCUUUUUCAUUUUUUAUCGGUACCAGGGAUUGAACUCGCGACUGCCUGCUUGCAAGGCAGGCACUUAUGCUGCUGAGCUAGAUCCCCAGCCUCCCGACAGGGUCUCAUAAAUUGCUAAAUUUCCAAGGCUGAGUUCAGACUUGUGACCCCUCCGCCUCAGUUUCCCAAAGUUCUGGGACUAUAGGUGUGUGCUACCCUGCCCACCCUGCUUUAUGAUUUUUAAACAUGCAGCAGCCCAGAGCGGUGGUACACGCCUGCAAUCCCAGUGAUACUUUGGAGGCUGAGGCAGGAAGAGCGGAAGUUCAAGCUUGUCUUGAGCAAUGUAGCAAGAUACUGUCUCAAAAUUUUAAAAAAAGCUUAUUUUUAUUUUUAUUUUCAAGAGGGUAAAACAAAAUAGAACAAAGCAGAUCAGAAGAAAACAAUGUAAGUGACACAGAUUUCAAAGCAAGACAACAGCAGAUCAGCAGUGGCUACCAUAAUGUCUCUUGUUUUCUUUUUUUUUUUUUUAUUGGUAACCAGGGAUCGAACUCACGACCGCCUGCUUGCAAGGCAGGUGCUUAUGCCGCUGAGCUAAAUCCCCAGCCCCCUGUCUCUUGUUUUCUUCUAAAUAGUUGCUGUAUCUUCACACAUACUGAAAACAGAAAUGUUGGGGAUAUAACUUAGUCCAAACAUUCUGGACUCAAUCCCCAGACUCCAAAAAAGAGCACACAUGAAAAAGUGACUACGUGAGACCACACAGCAAGUCAGAGAAAGCCAAGACUAGUGAUGGGACCUUCCAGCUGCACAUCUGAGUUCCCUGUCUGCUCCACUUGGCCUCUGGUUUGGUUUGGUUUUGUCUUUUUGAGACAGGGUCUCACUAUGCAGUUCAGGCUGGCCUGAGGCUCACUUUGUAGCCCAGCCUGGUCUGGAACUCCCAACAAUCCUCCUGCCUCAGCCUCCUGAGUGCUGGGAUUACAGGAGUGCGCCACCAUGCUUGGCUGACCUCUGUGUCUUGAUGUGAUGACUGUGACCAAAUCCAGAGAAGCCUGAGGCACGCCUGAGCGUGUGACUGCCCCCAUGUCCUGACCUCACAGAACUGAUGAGGAACAAGGACAGUGCAGGGCUGAAACUCUAGGAAGUAGGCCACAUGUGGUCCCCGGAACUUCUCUACCAAUCUCGCUCCACUGUCCUGUGAUAGAUGCUGCUGUUUCCUGUCAGAGUCACCAGGGACUCAGCCACCCCACUUCAAGUGGCAUGCAUUGCUGGACAAUUGGAUCGUUCGUGCUCCAGCUCCUCCCUCUCCCUCCCCUACCCCCUCCUUCUCUCCCUCCUCCCCCCCCCCCACUGGGGCAUAGACCUCUGGCUAGGCAGCUAGGCAUGCGCUAGGCACGCUGUCUCCCACUGAACUACACCCUCAGCCCUAGGCUCCUUCUUAAGCAAUGGAAAGGUAAUUACCCAAAGUCAGGAUGUGUUGUCAGAAGAGCGAAUCAUUUCCUAAAACCAGAAGUUGAGACUUUUAGCCUCGGCAUGGUGGCUGGCACUCACCUGUAAUUCCAGCUCCAUGGCAGUCUGAGGGAGAAGGGUCAGAAGUUUGAGACCAGCCUGGGCAGUUUAGGGAUUUAAUGAGAUCCUGUUUCAAAAUAAAAAUGUUACACUAUUUUAUAUUUAUGUAUGUUUCUCUUUUGUUUUUGUCCUUCUGAGAUAGAAUUUCACUGUGUAGCCCAGGCGGGCCAUGAACUCACAGGGAUCUUCCUGCCUCGGGCUCCUGAGUGCUAGGAUUAUAGACAUGGGCCACCAGGCCCAGCUAGGCUGCCCAGCUAACUGGAAUUUUGAAACCUUUCUUCAGUGUUGUCCAGUAAUGAAAUUUCUUGCUUUUGAGUUUCUAGAGGUAGCUUUUUUUUUUUUUUUUUUUUUUUUUUUUUUUCUUGCUACUGGGGAUUGAGCCAGGACCUUCUUAAAGGGCUUUUUUAUUUUUAUUUUCUUGAAAGACAGUAUCACUUAGUCUCUCCUAAGCUGCCCAGGCUGGGCUCAAAUAUGGUGAUCCUCCUGCCUCAGCUUCCCAGAGUGCUGGGAAUACAGGCAUCCACCGUGACUCCUGUCUGUAAAAUUUCUUUUGACCUCUGCAGAUCUGAAGAAAAGUGGAACAGCAGCCCCCGAGCCGAGGUCCCCACUGGAGCAGUUUCUGGAGCGAGUUCCCGCCACCCCUGCCCCAAGGUGGGCUCUGCACCUCAGCCUUCUCCUGGAACCCAAGCAGAAGGCUCCCAGGUGUUUGGAUUCCAGCAUACACCACCACACCAGGCUUGUCUUGCUUUGCUUUGGGAAAGGUCUGUGCCAGUCUUAAACUCAUGGACUCAAGUAACUCUCCACCACGGACUCCGGAGUACGGGGACUUCACGUGCACACCACCACACCUGAUGGAGGCACUGGAGCUUAGCCAGGUUGCCAGAGGCCAUGGUUAGCUGAGAGCACUCCCCGAAGUACCUUUAAAGUGUUACCUGCCAGCCUCUGCUCCGGACUCCUGGUCUCCCGGUGCCCCUGGCCAGGCACGGCAGGAGGAAGUCUGCACACCGGUCAUGCUGAGCUCUCACCCUGAUGGCUGCUCCUCAAGGUCAACGCUGGGCCUCCUGCCCGAUCACAGCCCGACGAGGUUAGUUUCAAGCCCGACACUAUGGCAUCGUCGUCCUCCCACCCGGUGCCUCGCUCCUCGUCCAGGAAGCCCCUGAGCAGGAUGGCAGACUGGCUCAGGCAGGCCCUGCUGAAGAAGCCUAGGAGCGAGCCCGUCUCCUCCAACAGCCACUCUGGUGGCGAUUCGCAGCUGGCCUUGAAGGACAGCUCCCCAUCUCCGAGCCUCGGCUCAGUCAGGUCUUCUACCCCUCCACCUGCACACGAGGACACCGGCAGCCGUGGUCGAUGGAGCAAGGACUAUGAUGUGUGUGUCUGCCACAGCGAGGAAGACCUGGCUGCUGCCCAGGAGCUGGUCUCCUACCUGGAGGGCAGCUCCGCCAGGCUGCGCUGCUUCCUGCAGCUGCGGGAUGCGGCCCCCGGCGGGGCCAUCGUGUCUGAGCUGUGCCAGGCCCUGAGCAGCAGCCACUGCCACGUGCUGCUCAUCACCCCAGGCUUCCUCUGUGACCCGUGGUGCAAGUACCAGAUGCUGCAGGCCUUGACGCAGGCCCCGGGGGCCGAGGGCUGCACCAUCCCCUUGCUGGCAGGGCUGCCGAGAGACGCCUACCCCGCCGAGCUCCGGUUCAUGUACUACGUGGACUGCAGAGGCCCGGACCGUGGCUUUCACCAGGUCAAGGAGGCUGUCAUGCGCUAUCUGCAGACACUCAGCUGAAACUUCUUGGGCCAGAGAGUUGAGGUCAAGCUGGAAAUACCUCCUGCAGGGCUUCGGCUUCCAGGAGAGGUGACAGGAGGCUUCAGGAGCCAGCGUCCGCAGUGCGUGGUGCCUGACCCCAGGAUCAGACCGUCCAUUGGACUUGCAUUACCAUCGGCUCCCGAGGAAAGCCACAGGGAUGUUGGGGAUUCCCCUAGAAAGGCCACAGGGAUGUUGGGGACUCCCCCAGGAAGGCCAGGAGGAAGCUGGGGAUAUCCCCAAGAAGGCCAGGAGGAAGCCAGAAAUCGGAGGUGCUGAGAGGUGGUGCUGAUUCUUGGAGGAGCAGCAGUGUCUGGCCCACUGCCUGGUUGGACAGGGAGCCUAGUGCGCACCUGCCUUCCUCCUGGAACGGGGCUCUGGUGUGGAGCCUCCUUCCCAGGGAUGAGAUGGAAGCUUUGGUGGUAGCAUCAGCAUGCGUACUGUUCCAGCUGCCUGGGGAAGCCCCAGAGCAGGUGUCGGGAGGAAUCUACAGAUACUGAGUCCUUCACACCCACACUACUGCUGCCCUCUCUCCCAGAGAUAUCAGCUGCUUCCAAAAGUGAGAUGAAAGUGUGCUGAACAUCGCGCUGUGUUUUGUGUUUGCAUGAUUCCCACUGAAGAUGCAAGCCCAGAGCUGUGAGAAGCCCAGCAUAGACGGUGCACUUAGCAUGCACGGGGCCCUGGGUUUGAGCCCCAGUACCAAGAAAUUGAAAACAGCGGAAACCUCUGAGUCAUUCUGGAUGUACCGGAAAGGGGAGGAAGCAGGUGGAGAGAAGGAAGCUGGGGUUUGGGCCUCAGCCCCUUGGCCUGGCUCAGAGCCCCACUGACCCUUGACAGCCCAGGGCCUCAGGGCAGGUCUGGUGAGAGCCAGGGCAUUGACCAAAGCUGUCUCCACCUUUGAACUGAGAGGAAUCAGCAAUUUUCUUCUGGGAGAAGCCUGUGCUCUUUGAAGGACAGCUGGGUUUCCUGCCCCUGUGCUCAGUAAGUUUGUUGUUGCGCUGAGUUUGUCUCUUUUAUGCCUCUUCUCUCACUUUCCCCGUCACAUUCCUUCCUUACCCCCCCCCCCAAUAAAUGAUGCUGGAUGUGGAGGUGCACGCCUGGAAUCCCAACAUUUGGGAGGUGCACACCUGUAAUCCCAGAAAUUGUAGGCCAGCCUGGGCUACACAGCAACACCCUGGCUCAAAAACAAAAACAAAAUUAUAACUAAAAGCUGGGAAUGAUGGUCCACACAUCUUAAAUUCCAGCACUCGGAGAUGCUGAGGGAAGAGGUGUGCAAGUUCAAGCCCAGCCUGGGCAACUUGGCAGUUUAACAAGACUCUGCCUCAAAAGUAAAGAAAGAACCAGGCACAUGGCAUAUUCCUGUAAUCCCAGCACUUGGGAGGCUGAGGCAGGAGGAGCUCUGUGAGUUUGAGCCAGCCUGGACUACAUAGUGAGACCCUGUCUACUUUUUGUUUUGGUAUCCUGUCUUUUAAAAAAAAUUAUAUUUAUAUAUUUAGCAGCAUAAGUGCCUGCCUGGCCAGUGUGAGGUCAUGAGUUUGAUCUCUGUUACCAAAAAAAGGGGGGCUGGGGAUAUAGCAAAGGUCCUGGGCUCAGUGCCCCAUACUGGGAAAAUACAAACAAACCCUCAUCCUCUCUGAGGUGCUUCUUUGUUCCCUGCAUUCCAGUCUUGUGCUUCCCACACCACAAAAAAUCACUGUUUUGAAUUUGAACUUAGUUCCUAGCAUUUCUGUAUAAAGUUACUGUAUUUUUGUAUCCCUGCCAACAUGUUGGUCAUUUUACAUUUUAUACAAAAUCACUGGAAUGUGUGUAUUCUGUGGAUUUGUGAGGUGUAGACACGUUGUGAGGUGUAGACAGCGUUGUCACUCCAGGUAACUCCUGCCUUUCCUCAUGUAAACAUACCACUGUUUAAUUACAUAUCCUGCAAAUGUGUACUUGGUGGUUUUUGCUGUUAAAAGCAAGGAGACUGGCUGGGCGUGGUACUGCACACCUGUCAUCCCAGCACUUGGGAGGCUGAGGCAGGAGGAUCACUGUGAUGUGAGUGUGAGGCUACGCUAGGUUAUACAGUGACUUCAAAACUAGCCUAAACUACAUAGCAGGACCCUGCCUCACUAAACGAAGAACCAAGGAGCUAGCCAGACAUGGUGGUGGGCACCUGUGAUUCCAGCUACUGGGAAGGCUGAGGCAGGAGGAUCACAUGCUUGAAGCUAACAUGGGCAGUUUAACAAGACCCUCUCUCAAAAUCUGAAAAAAAUUGGGAAGGGUGGGGGUGUAACUCAGUAGUCCCUAGAUCAAUGCAAUCCCCAAUACCAUGAAAAAAGCGAACAGAAAAAGACAAGAAGGAAAAACAAGCAAAACCAGCGAGACCGUGAAUGUUUCUGUACGUUUCCAUGAGCAAGGUUUUCAGCCAGGUGUGGUGGUGCACACCUGACACCUGUGUCCCAGGCUCUGAGGAGCUGACACAGGGGGGAGGGGGUAUCACAAGCAGGACCCCAGCCUGGGCAAUUUGGUAACACAGUGAGACCCUGUCUCAGAAUAAAAUAUAAAAAGCCUGGGGGUUUAACUCACUACAAAGGCUCCAGGUUCAGUCACCAGGACAGUUGUGGGGGGGAGAGAUUUUAUAGGAUUUAGCCUAGGGAAAGAGCAGUCAGGUAGUGCAGAAUACAGAUUUUCGACUACUAAUGAUGGCAAAGUCACUUCCAAGUUGGUCGAGCCAAUCUGUGCUCCUGUCAAUCGCAUACAGACUUCCCGCUUUCUGUAUCAUUGCCUACACUUCAGACUAUCAGAUGUUUAAAGGGCUGCUAAUCGGUGGGUGAAAACUUCAUCGUAUGUUUUCUUACCUGUUUAAAACUCAAAAACUCUAUGUACAGUUUUAUUGUAAACCCAAAUACUGUGUAUAGUCAUUUAUGUAUUGUAAUCCUGUUUUUAGUUUUCUUCACAACCCAAAAGGUUAUAUUUGUAAUCCCACUGAGACGUCAUUGGAAUCCCAACAAAUUAAUUUUAAUCUACCACCUCCAGUGCAACCCACGGUGAGAGUAUAGACACCAAGACAUAUUCCAAAUUAAGGGCAGCCAGGGGUCCUAAGUCCAAUCCCCAUGAGGACGUGCGGACAAGGCCCUGAUCCUAGGCCUCUCCCACAAUUUAUCAUCUUGUAAAGAAAGGGGGGUGGCCCAGGGAUGAGUGACAGUGAAGAUGGCGGGAACUACUUGAGUAACUUGAACUGGCUGGCCAGGUAGGGAGAAAAAUAUCUUUGCAAAAUACAGAGAUAAAAAUAUGCAGAAGGAUCAAUUUGCAUAAUUUAAUUAAGGCUGCUAGCAACUGAAUUGUUUUGGGAGGCUGUCCCCUUAGUUUUUGAUAUGUAAACUCUUGUGCCCUGGGGAGUCAUAGCCUUUUUAUCUUGAGGCUCUUACCCAGUUGACAUUUUUGGAGCUGACUGGCCCUAACAUCUCUCUGUGCUCAUCUCCUGUACGAGAACACUAUGCCAGGAAACAGAACUGUCAGCUUCAGAGAUUACAUACCAACACCUUGGCUAGCGCCAUUUACAAUACUUAAAGCCAAUUUAAAAAAAAAAUACAAUAGCCAUCUUUAUACAUAUCAGUAUAAAAAAUAAGCUCCCAAAUAAUCACAGUCACAAUAAUUGUUUUGCAUUCAAGGGGAGUCACUGGGGUUCUCUCCCACAAGUUUUUAUAAAACCACAUGUAAAAGGAAGGGUUCAAAGUUUCAACAAUUAACACAUGGCUAGCUCUGUUUUGGCAGUGCUGGGGAAUAAACCCGGGGCCUAACCCUAACCCUAACCUUAAUCCUGGGCCUCCCCGUUUCACAGGCAGGUGCUCUGCCCCUGAGCUACGACCCAGCCCAUCUCCCACAUCACUUGGAAGCAAAUCUAAGGCAUUAUGUUCUCCUAAAUAUUUAAGGAUGUACCUCUGAAUUACUAGAUGUUUUUCAAAAGUAUUUAAAAAGUUUAUUUUUAAAGAAUAAUUUUAUUUUUAAUGUAAAAAUAAAAAUGUAAAAUAUUAUAACUCUGA